CCAUUCUCUCCUACUCAAACACAAACACAAGCAACUAGCUAACAGUAGAGCUCAGAUUCUAACCCAACAAUGAUACCACCAAUGAUGAACCAGAUGUUCACAACAAUGGGUUCAACCCUGGCCAGCUUCAUGUUUGUUUGGGCCAUCAUCACUCAAUACUGCCCUUACUCGGUUCGUAGAUUCUUCGAAAAAUACUCCCACAGAGUCACUAGCUACUUCUACCCCUACAUAACUAUCUCCGUCUACGAGUUCGCCGGCGACCGCCUCAAACGCAGCGAGGCCUAUGCUGCCGUGGAGGCCUAUCUCAGCUCCAACACUUCAAAAAGCGCCAAGAGACUCAAAGCUGAGAUGGUUAAGGAUAGCAGCAACUUGGUUCUGAGCAUGGACGAGUAUGAAAGAGUGACAGAUGAGUUUCAAGGUGCAAAUGUGUGGUGGGUUCUAACCAAAGCUAUGUCAGCCGGCCGGUCCAUGUCAAUGUCUUACUACCCGGAGCAGGAGAAAAGGUUUUACAUGCUCACUUUUCACAAGAAGUAUAGGGAGAUCAUCACAGGGUCUUACUUAGACCAUGUGGUGAAGCAAGGCAAGGAGAUUAGGGUUAAGAAUAGGCAGAGGAAGCUUUACACAAAUAGCCCUGGUUACAAAUGGCCUAGCUACAAGCAGACUAUGUGGAGUCACAUUGUGUUUGAGCAUCCUGCCACGUUUGAAACAAUGGCGUUGGAGCCGGAAAUGAAGAAGGAGAUCAUUGAAGACUUGGUGACGUUUAGUCAGAGUAGAGAUUUCUAUGCAAGAAUUGGGAAAGCUUGGAAAAGGGGGUACUUGCUGUAUGGGCCACCAGGCACUGGGAAGUCCACCAUGAUUGCAGCAAUGGCUAACUUGCUGAACUAUGAUGUCUAUGAUCUUGAGCUCACUGCCGUGAAGGACAACACAGAGCUGAGGAAGCUUUUGAUUGAGACAACAAGUAAGUCUAUAAUUGUGAUCGAGGAUAUUGAUUGCUCACUUGAUCUAACAGGUCAGAGGAAGAAGAAAGCAGAGAAGGGUUAUUGUUUGGAAGAUGAGAUUAAAAAGGCAGGUACAGAGAGGAUUAAGGACCCAAAAGAGGAGGGUGGUAGUGGAAGUAGUAAGGUCACUCUUUCUGGUCUUUUGAAUUUCAUUGAUGGGUUAUGGUCUUCUUGUGGGGGUGAGAGGCUGGUGGUGUUUACUACUAAUUAUAUUGAGAAAUUGGACCCUGCACUGAUUAGGAGGGGUAGAAUGGACAAGCAUAUUGAGCUUUCUUAUUGUAGUUUUGAAGGGUUCAAAGUUUUGGCAAAGAAUUACUUGAAGCUUGAAAGUCAUGAAAUGUUUGACAUGAUUGAGAAGCUAAUGGGAGAUAUCAAAAUGACCCCUGCUGAUGUAGCUGAGAAUCUCAUGCCUAAGUCUCCACAAGAUGAUCCAGAGAGGUGUCUUUCGAAUUUCAUCCAGGCUCUUGAAGAAGUUGAGGAAGAAGAAGCCAAGAAGAAAGCUGAGGCAAUGAAAGAGAUUGUUGCUAAAACAAAAGAGCAGCCGCAAGAAAACAAAGAUGUUGAGGUAACACAAUGAUCUGGGGAGCAAUGAGGAAACUUCAUUUAGAGCAUUACUCGGUUACUUUUGUGUAGGGUUCGAUUCUCUGAGGGCAAGUGCCUGAUAAUGGAGUUGAGUUCAUGUUUAAGCACUUAGUGUUUAUUAAAGAAAGCCGAUCCUACUUUUCAUUUGCGAACUUAUCAAUUACAAGUAGAUAGAGUUUAUCC